AUGGACCGCCAGAGCCUGGGACAGCGUUCGUCAAGCAUGGCUCAUCAGUCUCGAAAGCGGACUGCCGACGUCCUCAAUGAGAGCGAGGAUGAUCAUGAAGCCCCUCAGCGUUCCACCAACCCCUCCAAACGACGUGGACAAGCUUCGACAAAGGCUCCGACUAAGCAUAAGAUGACCACCAUCAGAUACUCUGAAGAGGUCGCAAAGCAAGCCAUGAGAAAGGAGAUCGUCCACACUCCCGCCCUCGUCGAUUUGCACAACGAAAUUCUACGCACCGUCACGACUACCCGCCAGACUGAAGGCCUUCUGUUGGGCGCAAACACGUACCACUCAACCACCAAGUCGGUUUUAAGAAACAAGGGCCAAGCAGAGAUUGUUGACAUCAACCGUUAUCUCACAGCCGAAAUCUUCAUUCGGACUGACAACUGGGCUGCGAAGCCCUUGGCGGAUUGGUUUAACAUGGUCCAUGAAGCUCGUCUCGAGAAGCAGUUCCGCAACAAAUACUGGGCAGCUAAUCAAAGAGCCAACAAGGAAAGUAUUCCUCACUUGUUCAGAAAAAUCAGGAGACCGUUCAUCAGAUCCAACCCCGGUCUUGCCGAUGAGUAUUGGGCGGAUGCCAAGAGGAUCAUGCGCCGCUCUGUCUGGGUUCCUGGACCUGAACACCCCAUCAUUCGCAGCGCUGUUGCGAUUAUGGCGUGUGCCGAUGAGGACCCCAAAUACAAGGAGACUCAAGAACACAUCACCCAAGUUUGGAUUGCCUGGUGCCUCCUUCAAGGCGACUCUUGCAUUGAGACGAGCUACCUCGCUAGCAUGAUCUACGAUCGUGCUAACAAGAACACCGCAGUUGCCACAUGCUUUUCUCACGAGUUUGCCGACUUGCGCAGGGCCAAGAUUGCACACUCUGACUUCAGUCAGUACAGCAAGUGGCUUCAAAUGCAUGGCAGAUGCCACAUCAUCACCUUUGAUGAGUUGAUGGAGAGACAGAUCGUUGUGUCCAGGGAUGGCGGAGUUCAGUAUCCUACCAACAACACAAGGCAGAGCGGCAACAACAAUCAGGCAGGUACCCGAAAGUCGCUUACCAAUCAGGGUCGGACCCCGGAGGAGCUUUUCGAGUCUCUGGCUAUCUCUCGUCCCCAGCAGCAGGGCCGCCUUCACGAGGAGACUCGAUCUGCCACGAACAAUUAUAAUUCGAACCAGCAAAAGAAGAAGAAGGCUGCCUAUGGAACCGAGGCAGGAAGUUCCGUCAACUUCGAUGGACCCACCACUCGAGCCCAGCCGAUUAUUCCAAAGCCUCCUGCGCCGAAACCUUCCCCAUUCACCUCUGCAGCUUCAACUUCUCCAGUUCCAAUUUCUCAAGCUCAAAUCUCCACAGCGAAACGCCAUUCCGCUCGAAAUUCUUCAGCUACAACCCCUUCCGCAGAAGAUAUCGCACCUUCCGCUUCUACCGGCACAACAGCUCUCGCCGCUAUAGCUUCUAUCGCGACCGCUCCCAAUCCGGUAGUAGCUACCAUGGCUAGUUCGGAUUCGAAUACGACCCGACCAAUGACUCCAGCCGACGUGAAGGACAUGGUCAACGAGAUGAUGAAGUCCCGCAACGUGGUGACUGAAGCCACUGUCGAGGGCAUAAUCGACAGAAAGCUUGCGCCUGUCCUGGAGGCCGUCGCAGAGGCCAAGGGCGACUUGAAGAAAGCGUCCGACGCCCUCCAGGACAUGGAAAAGAAGUGGCUUGCCAUGGAACUCCGCCAGAAGGAAGUCAGCGACACCGUGAACAGACUCUAUCAAAAGCAGUUCUCGAUCGACAAGACUGUGGCGGCUACCGAGAAGGCUCUGACGCCUAUCGAGAAUGCUCUGUCGGCUAGAAAGACCGACGUUCGGGAAGCCAUCAAGGGGUUCAAAGGAGACAUCAAGGCUGUCAAUUACAAGCAGGAAGUCUUGGAAGAGGAGCAGGAGUACAUCCAUGAGACUGUCAAAGCCGAGAUGAAGCAGAUCAUGGACGACAUCCGCGCCAUCAAAGAGAAGCAAGAGGCUUACGAAAAGUCUCUGGCGGCUGCGAUGAGCGAGUUGCAUGAGAAGACCCUUUCCAGCUUCAGGUCCUCCAAUGGAGAGAAGAGCGCCGAUUCGAUCACUUGCGCUCCCUACGCUCCUACGUCGAAGAAGGGCCCGUCUACUCGAAACAAGUGAGCAGUACUCGAACUUGGUUCCCUCGCCUCACAGCUUACGACAACUGUGCCAGUUCGAACAACAUAACGAGAUGGACAAGAACGACGGAAUGCAAAUUACAAACGACUUGACGAAUGAUGUGAGAGUAUCAUCACCCAGAUGACGACAACAUUGCUAGCAUCGAUGCCAGGCAAGACGGAUACCAGUACUACACCGACUCGAACGACAGGGUUUUGUCCCCUCGAAGAAGCAGUGAGAGAAUUGGCUAGGGAAUUGAAAUGACUGGCAGAUCGAAGCAACAGGGAAUGGUCAUUACUGGAAAUUGAGAAUGUUGGAGUUGGAUGUUGGUUGAUUGGUUGUACGGAAAACAAUGGAACGUAGCCUUCGGUCGUGGCACAAUUGUAAAGUAUCUUAUGACGAGCAAUCAGUAGGGAGAGGAAGACAAGAAAACCAGUUGCUCGUUACUCU